GGGUCUAUGUUUCAGCGCCCCUUCCUGGCUGUAAAAAUGCUGAGCGGUGUCCUGUUUCUGAGCGUCCUCACGGUCACCAGCCUGUCACCGUCCGAAACAGAGAGCCGCAAAACUUCAGCCCUCAAAGACAUCUGCAAGAUGCGCUGCGCCUGCGAGGACCGCGAAAACCUCCUGAACAUAAACUGUGAGAACAAGGGGUUCACCACGGUCAGCCAGUUCCAGGCGCCGCUCAACAAAAUGUCCCAGUUCUUUCUGAACGGAAACUUCCUGUCGAGGCUCGGCGCCAACGAGUUUGUCAGUUAUGGCAACGUCACCUCCUUGCACCUGGGGAAUAAUGGCUUGCAGGAGAUUCGAUCUGGAGCUUUCAGUGGACUCCACUUGCUAAAGAGGCUCCAUUUGAACAACAACAACCUGGAGGUGAUCAAAGAGGACACAUUCGCAGGACUGGAGAGUUUGGAGUAUCUACAAGCGGACUACAACUACAUCAGCACCAUUGAGCCGGGCGCCUUCAGCAAGCUGAACAAGCUCAAAGUGUUGAUCCUCAAUGACAACCUGCUGCUGGCUUUGCCUCCUAACAUUUUUCGCUUUGUGCUCCUCACCCACCUGGAUUUACGCGGCAACCGGCUAAAGAUGAUGCCUUUCGCUGGAGUGUUGGAGCACAUUGGUGGCAUUAUGGAGAUCCAGCUGGAGGAGAACCCUUGGAACUGCACCUGCGACUUGAUCCCCCUCAAAUCCUGGCUGGAUACCAUCUCCGUGUUUGUGGGGGACAUUGUGUGUGAGACGCCGUUUAGACUGCACGGCAAAGACAUCACUCAGCUCAUAAAACAGGACCUGUGUCCACGCAGGAACGCUGGGGAACGUGCUCAGCCAGCCUCUGACUCCAGCUUCCAAGGGGCGCCACACCCAACGCACCACGCCAACGUCAUCACCCCCACACGCUCCCCAAAAGCCUCAAGGCCACCCAAAAUGCGCUACAGGCCCACCCCUCGAAUCUCAAAGGACAGACACGUGUUUGGACCCAUAAUGGUUUACCAAACCCGUUCCCCUGUUCCCAUGUUGUGUCCCAGUGUCUGUGUUUGCACAUCUCAAAACCCAGAGAGUGGUCUGAACAUCAACUGUCAGGAGAGGAAGCUACAGAACAUCAGUGAGCUAAACCCUAAGCCCUCCUACCCAAGGAAGCUCCACCUCACAGGAAACUACCUACAAAUGAUUUACAGAAUGGAUUUGACCGAGUACAGCACCCUGGAGUUGCUCCACUUGGGAAAUAACCGGAUUGCAGUAAUACAAGAGGGUUCCUUUGAGAACCUGACCAACCUUCGACGGCUUUACCUGAACGGGAACUACAUAGAGUCUCUCUCUCAAUCCCUGUUUGCAGGUCUGCAGUCCCUCCAGUACCUUUAUCUGGAAUACAACAUCAUUAAGGAGAUUUUACCACAAACCUUCAACUCUCUGCACAACCUCCAGCUGCUGUUCCUCAACAACAACUUGUUGAGAUCUCUCCCUGACAAUGUUUUUGGGGGCACCAUGCUCACUCGACUCAACCUGAGGAACAAUCACUUUUCAUACCUCCCGGUUCAGGGAGUUCUGGACCAGCUGUCUGCGUUCAUACAGAUCGACCUGCAGGAAAACCCUUGGGACUGCACCUGCGACAUUGUGGCACUCAAAAAUUGGAUGGAGCUGUCCAGCACCAGCGUGGUAGUGAACGAAAUCACCUGCGAUUCACCGUCGAAGCACGCAGGCAGGCUGCUGCGCUCACUCCGCAACGAGGCCAUAUGUCCCGAGCCGAGCGAGCCACCCCCACCCCGGUACACACCCUCAACAAAAGCCCCAACCCUAAUGAGCCCAACCACUGAAGCCACCACCCCAUCUUCUCCUUCUGCUGCUUCUUCCAUUAGCUCAGUGAAUCCCACGGAGUCCCGCCUCCAGACUCCAGAGCUUCAUCCGGAGGUCCCCCUCUCCGUCCUCAUUCUGGGCCUUCUAGUUGUUUUCAUCCUGUCAGUCUGCUUUGGUGCAGGACUCUUUGUUUUUGUUCUGAAGCGGCGCAAAGGAGUGGAACACGUUCCCACGACCGCCAACAAUUUAGACCUCAACUCUUUCCAACUGCAGUAUGGUUCCUACACUCCAGAACCGACCCAAAACAAAAGCUCUGAAAGCCACGUUUACAACUACAUCCCCCCGCCAGUGGGCUCCAUGUGCCAAAACCCAAUCUACAUGCAGAAGGACGGUGAACAAGUGGCAUAUUACCGCAACCUAAAGGAGCUCAGCUUCAGGCCCCUGGACUCUAAGAAGGACGACGUCCUGACUCGCAGCCCAGGGGCCUACACCAUCAGCGCCGUGGAUUUUAUGGAUAAAUCACCAACAAUCUGCAGUCUGACCACCCCGGAACCACCGGAAAUGCUGUAUCAGAACUUGGGAGAGAGGCCCAGCAAGGAGCUCCCGACAGCUGCCGGUGCACCUCCGUACACUUACAACUUUUGCACACUGCCCAAGAGGCCCUGCAUCGUGCCGCCCUAUGGGGCUGCCACAGCCCGGCGGUACGUGGCCAACCAGGACAGGCUGAACAAAACCGUGCUGUACGGUACCCCACGGAAAUACUUUGGGCCGGAAUACACCUUUAAAAACAAUGAACACCCGUCACUGCUGCUCCCCGGGAAGGUAAAACCAGAACCAGACUACCUGGAGGUUCUGGAGAAACAGACUGCAAUGAGCCAGCUGUAAGACAGCUCCUGGUUUUAUCUCAUGGUUCCUGUCAGAACCGCCCCCACCAGAUCUCCAUUGUUCCUGUGAACCGAACCGCUCGAUGGCCUGUUGUUUCCUCUUCAUUUCCCUCUUUGUUCCUUUUCAAAGAUGUAUAAAAAGAAUAUAAGAAUAUAAAGAUCCUGCAG